AUGAGGAAACGUAAGAAUAUAGUGGUGAAGACAUGCGAACGUGCAGGCGAGUUACGGGGCGAAGGGGGAUGGAAAUCACUGGAGAAAGGGAUUAAGGGGCAUUUCACUUGGAUUCUCCUCGAGACUCUCGUCAGUCGUGACUUUCUUGCCUCUCGGGUCUCUUUCUCCCCAUUCGCCCCGUUCUACAGAUUGGCUGGCGUGGAUGGAGGCAUCUAUGCGUACCCCGUCCUCAUGUCUUCCCGGACUCUACAAGGGCCGAACGAGAAAAAACUGCUGAAUCAUCUGCUGCGCGAUUACAUGACGUUGGAGCGUCCGGUCGCGAACGAAUCGGAACCCCUUAAACUCUCCUUCGGCCUCACCCUCAUGCAAAUCAUCGACGUCCAAUGGGUGGAUGUGAACUUGAGAUGGAAGGAGGAGGAUUACGGCGGAGUGAAAAACAUCCGAAUCCCUCCGAAACGGAUCUGGAAGCCGGACGUCCUCAUGUACAACAGCGCGGACGAGGGUUUCGACGGGACGUUUCACACGAACGUGGUGGUUCGUAGCAACGGGUCCUGCCUCUACAUCCCCCCAGGGAUCUUCAAGAGCACCUGCAAGAUCGACAUCACCUGGUUCCCCUUCGACGACCAGCGCUGCGAAAUGAAGUUCGGAUCCUGGACCUACGACGGCUUCCAGGUGGGUUCCAGAGCGCGAUCGCAUUUUCAAGAGUCCGGCGACAUUUCCAGCUACGUCGCCAACGGGGAAUGGGACCUCAUCGACUUGCCGGGGAAGCGGAAUGUGAUAACCUACGCGUGUUGCCCGGAGCCGUACAUCGACAUCACGUUCACGAUCCACAUCCGACGGAGGACGUUGUAUUACUGCACGAAUCUCAUCGUUCCCUGCGUCCUCAUCUCAUCGAUGACCCUCCUCGGUUUCACCUUGCCUCCUGACUCCGGAGAGAAACUCACUCUCGGAGUGACAAUCCUUCUAUCGCUCACCGUGUUUUUGAACAUGGUGGCAGAGAAAAUGCCUGCCACCUCCGAAGCAGUGCCUCUCAUAGGAACGUAUUUCAAUUGCAUCAUGUUCAUGGUCGCGUCUUCCGUCGUCCUCACCGUCGUGAUCCUCAACUAUCACCAUCGGAGUGCUGAUACUCACGUGAUGCCUACCUGGGUUCGAGGUCUCUUCUGCAUCUCGCCGACGACCCGCUCGUACGGUGCGCGUUCUCUUCCUGGAAUGGUUGCCCUGGAUCCUCCGCAUGCAUCGACCGGGAAAGGAAAUCACCUUGACGUCAGUCCAUUUUCUUUCUUUCGUUUUUUUUGUCUGUGUAAGGUGAAGAUGUGA